GCAAGCUUCAUAAAAUGUACAUGAAAAUAACGAGGGAACUGUUAAGUUGUUUACUGCUAAGUUCUAAUAUCAACACUUGGGAUUCACAUUUGACGACUGUAGAAAAUGCCUUUGGAAGUAUAUAACCCUAGCAUAUGGGAGCGAUGAGGUUUAUGACUACACUCAUCAAUUUUUGUUCCAUAAUACUGGCUGUAAGAGCCGAACCGUAUCUUGUGUAUGCAAAUCGUAGAGAUAUCCGCCUUAUCGAUGCCGGGAGUGAUAAACCGAAGACUAGCCAUGCGGUGGUAAUAAACGGUCUAGACGAUGCCGCUGCUGUGGAUUUUAUAUAUGAGGAGCAAUAUUUCUUUUGGACGGACAUCAAUCUUGCCCGCAUUAGUAAAACAUUUUUUAAUGGUACGCGGGGCAAUGAAGAGGAGGACAUUAUUACAUCGGGCCUCAUAUCAAAUGAUGGACUCGCAUGCGACUGGAUUGGUCGUAAAAUAUAUUGGACGGACUCAGAAACAAAACGCAUUGAGGUGGCCAACCUUGAUGGCAGUUCGAGAAAAGUUCUAUUUUGGGAGGAUUUGGACCAACCACGUGCGAUUGCGUUGGAUCCAGUAAAUGGGUAUAUGUAUUGGACAGAUUGGGGGGAAUUGCCAAAAAUUGAGCGUGCUGGGAUGGACGGUACACAGCGCUCUGUAGUUAUAGAUGAAAAUAUAUAUUGGCCGAACGGCUUAACAAUAGAUUAUGAAGAGUCUCGGCUCUUCUGGGCAGAUGCCAAACGAACGUUUAUUCAUAGUUGCAAUUUUGAUGGAUCUAAUAGGACUUCCGUGGUUGAGGGAGCUGAUUUGCUGCCCCACCCUUUUGCAUUAACUUUGUACAGAGAUACUUUAUAUUGGACAGACUGGGAGCUGCAUAGAAUUUCUUCUUGUAAUAAAUAUAAUGGAAGCAAUAGAAAAGUUGUAAAAAAUGAUGUUUUCUCACCCAUGGAUAUACAUGUUUAUUCAGCAGCAAGGCAAAGGAAAUCAAAUACCAAUCCUUGUUCAAAGAACAAUGGAGGAUGUUCACACCUCUGCCUGAUGGCACCUAAUGAAUUGCAUUAUUCUUGUGCCUGCCCAACUGGUGUGUUGCUCCUAGAAGACCAACAUACCUGUGCAGAUGGCCCUCGUGAGAUUCUACUUUUGGCAAAAAGGCGAGAUAUUCGGCGGAUUUCGUUGGACACACCAGAUUACACCGACGUCGUGAUUCAACUCAAGGACGUGAAAAAUGCCAUUGCUAUUGACUACGAUCCCAUCGAGGGCUUCAUGUACUGGACCGAUGACGAAGAACAUGCUAUCCGACGAUCAAAACUGGAUGGCACAGAGAGCGAGUACAUUAUUCAGCGGGAUAUCUCAAGCCCGGAUGGAAUUGCUGUCGAUUGGAUCUCGCGCAACCUCUACUGGACAGACACCGGCAGCAACAGAAUCGAAGUUUCUCGUUUAAAUGGAACGUCACGUCUUGUACUUAUUGAUGAUGAUUUAGACGAACCAAGAGCUAUUGCUGUUGAUCCUGAAGAUGGAUAUAUGUACUGGACUGAUUGGGGUGAAAAUCCUAAGAUAGAGCGUGCAGCAUUAGACGGGAGUCACCGUAAAAUUCUUAUAAACACAUCACUGAAUUGGCCCAAUGGUAUUGCUGUCGACUACGAACAACGGAAAAUAUACUGGGGUGAUGCUCAAACCGAUAGGAUUGAGCGAGCUGACUUGGACGGUAGAAAUCGUGUGAUUUUGGUUGACUCUUCAGAAACCCCCCAUAUAUUUGGUUUUAGCUUACUUGGUGAUUAUGUAUAUUGGACUGAUUGGCAGCGGCGUUGUAUUGAACGUGUGAAUAAAUAUACCGGUAAGGACCGCGAACUGAUCAUCGACGCACUCCCGGAUUUGAUGGGCCUCAAAGCAAUCGAUCUAACAAAGAAAUCAGGAACGAAUCCUUGUAAUGAGGAAAAUGCUGGAUGUAGUAAUCUGUGUUUUUAUAAACAUGCCGCGGUUGUUUGUAUGUGCCCAACUGGGUUGGAGUUACAUGCAGAUAAGAAGACUUGCAUCGUACCUGAAGCAUUCCUUGUGUUCCUGCGGCAAAACAUCGGCCUUCGUCGCAUCGCGCUGGAAACUAACAACAGCGAUGUUGCGAUACCAGUCGUAGGGGCAAGGGAAGGGUCUGCCCUUGAUUUUGACUUUGUUGGUGAUAGAAUAUAUUGGUUCAACAGGAAGACAAAGGAAAUAAUGACCGCUUUUAUGAACGGGAGUGGGUAUGAAAUUGUCAUUGAGUAUGGGCUUGAGUUCCCAGAAGACAUUGCUGUUGAUUGGACGGGCAAGAACCUGUACUGGACAGACACAGGCACCGAUCGUAUAGAAGUAUCGAGAUUGGAUGGCUCAUCUAGGCGCGUGUUAAUUUGGGAAGAUGUAGAGGCUCCGACUAGCUUAGCUCUUGAUCCAGUAGCUGGAUAUAUGUACUGGAGUGAGUGGAGUACUCCAUAUCGUAUUGCAAGAGCACAUAUGGAUGGGACAAACCGGAAGGUGUUGAUGCUUGUUGAGGGGCGUGCCAAUGGACUUACCAUCGAUUAUCAGGCCCGUCGGCUUUUCUGGGUCGAUUUGGAUCUCAGCGAGAUUUAUUCAUCGAACUUAGAUGGGAGUAAUAAAAUUCAGGUGGUACAAGAUGGCAUAACAAAUCCUCUAGGACUUACCCAGUACAAUGAAUUCAUUUACUGGGCUGACUUGUCAGCCAUGACAAUUGAACGUGCGAACAAGACCAGUGGAGCGGGACGCGAGAUCAUUCAAGGCCAACAAGAUCAUGUACUUGAUAUCAAAGUUUUCCACAAGUCUCGUCAAGCAGGGAUUAACAAGUGUAAUUCCCACAAUGGCGGUUGUUCUGAUUUGUGCCUUGCACAUCCGGAUGGUUUUCGGUGCAAGUGUGAAGCACACCACACAUUGAACUCGGACAACACUACCUGUUCAGCUCCUGAAGCAUUCCUGAUUUACAGUCAAAGGGACACGCUGAACCGAAUGUUAUUUAACUUUGAGGAACCAGAUAUUGUUCUUCCAAUCAGCGAAACCCAGACCGUGAAGGCGGUUGAGUAUGAUUUUGAGGCCGAAAUCAUAUUCUGGAUAGACAAGAAGAACAAAAAGAUAAUGCAUGCAAAAAGCAAUGGUAUUUCCCCCAAACCACUAGUUUCAGGCAAUGAUAUUAGUCCUUAUGACAUGGCCUUUGAACCAUACAGCAAGCUGAUUUUCUGGACCUGUGAUUCUUUCAAUCAAAUUAACGUUGUUCAGGCGAAUGGAACAGUGAUGGGAGCCAUCGUCCAAAAACCUCAUCAGAAACCAAGAAGUAUUGCACUGCUUCCAUUGAAAGGGCUGAUGUUCUGGACCAACAUGCAGGAGGGCAAACCUACACUGGAGCAGGGUUCUCUAGAUGGAUACACUAACCACCUAGAGCUGAUCAGCACAGGCCUAUAUGAACCUGGUCCAAUCACGGCAGAUGCAGAUUCAAACCGAGUCUACUGGUUUGACCACAGGUUACAGGCCAUUGAAUAUGUUGAUAUUACUAGUGGUACUCGUUCUCGUCCAGUCAGUGAUAAUAUCGUGAAGGUUGUUGGCCUGACCGUUUAUGGUGAUUUCAUCUACUGGGUGGAUAAACAUAUGAAAUGUAUAAAACGUGCCAAUAAGAACUCGGGAGAUAAUCAACAAACAAUGCUAGGACGUAUGGACCUCUUAACUGAUAUACUCGCUGUCAAGAAGCCCACAGACGCUUCCCAGCCCUGUUCUUUCAGGAAUGGGCAUUGUUCCCACUUCUGCAUCCCAACUGGGGUAGGCACUGCCCGCUGCUCAUGCCCUAGCCAUCUGAACUUACACGAAGAUGAGGUACAGUGCAUUGAACCUCCAACUUGUGCUCCAGAUUAUUUUGCGUGUUUGUCUGGUAACGGGGAGUGCAUUCCAAAAACGUGGUUAUGUGACACGGAACCUGACUUUUUCUUUGUUGUAGGCUCAUGUGCAGAUGAUGAAUUUGUAUGUGAUGAUGGCAGCUGUGUCCCUGAAGGCAACCGGUGUGAUGGAGCGCCACAAUGUGAUGACGGAUCAGACGAGGAAGCCUGCUCAGAACCGUGUUUCCAUUGGCAGUUUGUGUGCAAAAACAAGCAGUGUGUAGAUGUAGAGAACCCCCUGUGUGAUAACAUAACACAGUGCAAGGAUAAAAGUGAUGAAUUCAAUUGUACAGUGUCAGUUAGACAGUCCCAAACCAACGACUUCAAAGAGAAGGCCUUAGUAGCUGCAAUCAUAUUCAGCAUUGUGCUGGCUGUGAUUAUCAUAACGUUGGUGAUUUGCUGUCGACGUUUGAACCCAAGCGAGGCGUUGGACAACGAGAGGUAUAACAGCGCCAGCCAACACAACCUCUCAACAGUACUGGUCCUCAACCAACUUCACAAAGAACAAACAACUCGUAAAUACUUAAAUUCAACAGUGAUGAUGCACCCAAAGACGACGAACCUCACAAACUCAUUGAAAGGAAACAGUAGUGCAGGAACAGGGGUAAACGAAAGACCAAGGCCAACCGGCACCUCCUCGUGCUCCAGUAACAGUGUCUCCGGAUAUCCCAAGGAGACCCUUAACCCCCCUCCAAGUCCAGUCACGGAAAGGUCACAUUUUCCAGUGGUGUAUUUUAAUCAGCCAAGUCCAAAACUGCCUCUGAAAUCCUGUUAUAAACACUACAAAGUUAGAAAUAUUCCACCUCCUCCAACACCAUGCAGCAGUGACAUCUGUAAUGACAGUGAACCAACUACUAACUUGCACAAAAAGCGUCGCAAAGGAGGGCGCUAUUAUAAGUGCGUGGAAGUGAAGUAUGACCUGGCGGAUCCGUAUCCGCCACCGCCCACGCCGCAAAGCUGUUUGUCAGACAACCAGGAGAGUUGUCCUCCGUCACCCUCGACAGAGAGGAGUUACUUCAACCCGUACCCCCCACCUCCAUCACCAGCGACAGAUUCCACUUAAACUGUGAGAGGUGGGGAAGAUCCAAUUUUGUAUUAUUAUAAAGAAGAUAUUUUUCUACAGCAAAUAACUGGACUGGAUUUAUGGUUUGGUGGUGUAUAUUGUGUAUCAUAUGCUUGUACAGCAAUUAAUUAUGACAUUUGUGGAUAUUGUACAGUUCCUAAUAAUUAGCAUUUUUAUAUAGAUAAAUGAUAUUUCUGUACCGCUGAAAAGAAAAUAUCAUUUAGCGAAGACAAGACAGUCCUGAGAUGGCAUUAGAAGUACAUAGUAAACAAAGUUACAACUGUUAGUGUACAGGUAAAGAUGUAUACUACAUACUUAAGGCAAAAGGAAAUGUUUAACAAAUAACACAAAUAUGCAUAAUAUUAAAGGUACACAAGUUGCAAUAUUAUGGUACUUAGUAUUGAAGUGGAAAAAAUUCUAAGUUAAUUUAAAAACGAAAGUCAUGACUGACCAAUUUUUUGACAUUUGGAACUAAUUAUUCCGAUUUUAUUUUUUCCCUUCUGUUCAUUCUUGCAUUCAAAAAACUGUCAUUUAAUUUAAAAAAAAUUAUCAUUUAAAAGAAUGUAAAAAAAUAGAAAAAAAAACAUCAAAAUUUAAAUAAACUGAAACAAGAAAAAGUAAUCAGGGAUUAAAAAAAAGCAUCAUCAUCCGGAACCGUAUGCUGCUACUAAGAACAUUAGAUCUUGUCAGUCAGACUUAACUGACCAAUCAGAGCAGGGCAGGAACAUGUGCUAAGCAUAUGACCUCGACAACAAUAUCCGAGGGGUGGGACUUAUUGGGGAAUGGUCCAGCCAUUGAUACCAUUAAUUUUAACCAAGUAAAUUUAUCAUUACUGUUUUCAAGAUUGGCUCAAGUCUUGCAAUUUUCUAUAGAAUAAUGCACUGAAAUUUCUGCAAAACCCAUUGAGGGAAAAUGUUGUAAAUUAUUUAAAAUUCAUAAAAAAAUAUAAUUCUUGCAGAAACUUACCAUUCAAAUUAUAAUUAUUAUAAUUAUUGUUUCAUUAUUCAAAUUAUAGAUCUGUGAUAUGCAUGUUUUUUUUUUAUAAUCAUGAGAUUCAACCUGAAAAAAUGUUUAUCUUUAUUGGAAGUAUUUAUAAAUAUUUGUAAUAAUUGCCACCUAUUUUUCUUCCUAGUUACCUUUUAUUUAUUUUGUAGAAUUAAAGAACUUUGGUAGCAACUGGACUUUGAUGGUGUGUGACAGUUUAAAAUUGAAUCAUUAACCCAUCUGGGAAGAAACCAUAAUUUUUGUAAAAAGAUUAACAAUUUUGUAACAAAAUUUUAUAUCCAUAUUCUUGAAAUGAUCAUAAUAAUUGAAAACAUAAUGUACGAUAACCAGUUGUACGUUAACAUUAUACAAGGCUUGCCAUCCCGUAACCAGCGUACUGUCGUUAAUAUUGUUAAACUGAAUAAUUAGCAUAAGAUUGUGGCAGUAUUUUGGUAGAGAUGCGAGAAUACUUUUACUCAUGACUUUGGCAAUAAUAUGUUGAUUCCAUUAUUUUAAAUCUUAUAAUGUGGAGGAAAUACAUUAAAAAGUGCAUUCAUGUUUUUUAUCACUGUCCCUGGUUUCGGCAAGGCAAGCCCCAUAUAUAUAACCUUACUUUUCUUCCAUCUUAUGUUCGAAGGAUGCCUCAAAAGAUUAUUUUUGAAUGUAUGUACUUUUAUUUAUUAUAGCAUACCAUAUCUACGACAAAAAAUAUACAUGUUUAUAAGAAGUGCCUCGACUUAAGUGUGAAUAAAAAUAUUGAGAAAAUUUCUUCUCAGUGCGAGAUACUCUAAUUAAAGAGCAAAAUCUCGUGGCAUAUUUUAAAGAUUGACGUUUUGUAUGUAAAUUUUUAAAAAAGAUCUUUGUCUUCCUAAAGAUAAAUAUUUCCAUCUUGUCAAUCAAAUAAUUAUCAUAUGUAAAUCAGAUUUAAACACAUAUCACUUUGUUUUUUUCUUCCUUAAUUGUAUUAUAAACAUGAAUGACUAACUGCCACAGCCAAACCAAACUGAAGAUUGACAUUGAAUUUUCUAUUUGUUAAAUCUAUCUUGCAGCAGCUUCCAUAGUAAAUGGGCUUCAGAGAUAAAGUACGGUGGGGGGGGGGGGGGGGAGAUUAAAAAUUUGUGCUUGGUAUAAUGUUGUUCGCCAAACGCAGGUACUGCUGCGGUUGCAACUAGUAAAUUUGCAUCGUAUGUUGUUUACCAUAGAGUAUUAUGGGUGAAAGGUGAAAUGUAUUAUUUUCAUCUUUUAUCUUUUGUUAAUCCUUUUAUAAAAUAAUGUUAAUAAACAUAUUGCUGCAAAAUGUUUUUAUUAUACAUUAUAAAACACUGGUAUUUAAAUCUUAAUAAUAAUACUACAAAUUCAAUAUCUUUACACCAGGAUACCUUUAACCAAUUAUGCAUUUGGUAAACAACUACAUGAUGUAAUAAUGUUUGCUAUUGCACUGUCCUUCCAUGUUCAUCAACUGUGACUUCCUUAUACAGAUGGAUGAGAGGGGGUGGGGAUGGGGUUGUAUAAUGCGAUUGGUUUGGUACACUCAUUUUUUUUUAUAUAAAUACAAGAGAAAAUAAAGAUUGAUAAAUGCUAGGUGAAUGCAUUUAUAAUUUAGGUCUAUAAAUUCAUCAGUAUAUUAGAUUUCAGAGUGAUUAGAUACGGAUGUGAACAUUUUCCUAUUUAGUGACUAAGCAGCGUCGCUCUAAAAUGUAUGUGGUCUGAGUACAGAAUAAAUUUUAUACUUCCAA